UUUUUUUAUAGAAUAAGAAAGGACUGUAUAGUAGAGAAGCACCUGAUACAGAAUGGCAGAAUUGGCAGAUGGAGGGGAUGGAACAGUUAGACUGGAAUCAGUCAAAAGCAAACCAGCAGAUUCUGUGGUGAGAGAGAAUGGGGACGUCCAGGAGAACAAUAACAUUACUGGUAAACAGAAUACUGAGGGUGGUGGUGGCGAGCCAGCCAGUGGGACAGAACCACCAAGUGGUGCCAAAGCAGGCAUUAGCAAAGAUUUAGAUGAUUUGGCUCCAGCUGCAAACUUUAUUGUGACAAAGGGAGAUGAGGCAGUCAAACUACGCAUGAGUGAAUCAGGGUAUGGUUCAGAGAAGCCUGUUACUGUACCGUCGAUGCUGUAUCAGACAGUUCAGAGAGUGCCAGCCCAUCCUGCAUUGGCUGUGAAACGUGGUGGGAUAUGGGUGAAGUGGACCUAUGAGCAAUACUUUAAUGACACUCGAAAGGCAGCUAAGGCUCUCAUAAAGCUUGGAUUAGAACCAGUUCACGGAGUAGGAAUUUUGGGUUUCAAUGCACCAGAGUGGUUUAUUGCUAACAAUGGUGCCAUAUUUGCUGGGGGAUUUUCAGUGGGAAUUUACACCACAAACAACCCUGAGGCCUGUAAGUAUGUGGCACUGAAAGCUAAAUGUAAUGUCAUAGUGGUGGAGAACAAUCAACAACUGAAAAAAAUUCUCCAAGUUUGGGAGGAGCUGCCCGAUCUGAAAGCUGUGAUACAGUAUUCAGGAGAAGUGGCAGAGAAAAGAGAAAAUCUGUAUUCGUGGAAAGAAUUUAUGGAGCUAUCCAGUGAUGUUACAGAUGACGUGUUACAACAGCGACUUAGCCUACUGGCGCCCAACAAAGCCUGCUCCUUAAUCUUCACUUCAGGAACCACAGGAAACCCCAAAGGAGUGAUGCUUUCACAUGACAAUCUAACCUGGACAGCAGGAAUAUUAGCCACUAAGUUCAAAGUCAUCAUGGAUGCUGAAGUUGUGGUGACUUAUCUCCCCCUGAGUCACAUAGCAGGGCAGAUUGUAGACAUAUACAUUCCAAUGAAAUUUGGUGCCACUGUUUACUUUGCAAAGCCUGAUGCACUAAAGGGCUCACUGUUAACUACUCUAAAGGAAGUAAGACCCACAGCCUUCCUUGGUGUCCCCAGAGUAUGGGAGAAAAUGAUUGAAGGAAUGAAACACAGAGCCAGAGAGUUUGGAUUCCUGAAGAAAAAAUUCAGUGCUUGGGCAAAGGAUGUUGGCUACAGGACCACAUUGGCAGAGAUGAACCAUGAACCUGUCCCAGGAACUUUUUCAAUUGCCAACUUAUUGUUAAAAAAGGUGAAAGUGGAUUUAGGCUUUGACCGUUGUAGAUUUUACUUGUCAGGGGCAGCUCCUAUUAUGAAAGAAACCAUUGAGUUUUUUUAUGGCUUACACAUACCACUUCUGGAAGUGUAUGGAAUGAGUGAGAAUUCAGGUCCACACACCUGUUCUCGCCCAGACAAAUUCAGGACUUGUAGUGUGGGCACAGAACUCCCAGGGGUGAAGACAAAACUGGCAGAUAUAGAUCAGGAGGGAAAUGGAGAGAUUUGUAUGUAUGGCAGACAUGUUUUCAUGGGAUACCUAGAUGAUGAAGAGAAAACAAAGGAGGCAUUUGAUGAUGACCUUUACCUUAGGUCAGGGGAUAUUGGAAAGAAAGACAAAGAUGGAUUCUUGUUCAUCACAGGAAGGAAAAAAGAGCUGAUAAUCACUGCUGGGGGAGAGAACAUAGCCCCGGUCCUGAUCGAAGACAACGUCAAGGAGUGCCUCCCCUGUGUUUCUAAUUGUAUAUUGAUUGGGGAUAAGAGAAAAUUCCUUUCCAUGCUCAUCACAUUGAAGGUGGAUGUUAAUCCUGACACAUUAGAACCUACAGAUAAUUUAACAGCUUUAACUGUUGACUGGGUUAAAGCUCAAGGCAGUGAUUCCACUAAGGUAUCGGACAUCCUAAAUAACAAAGAUGCUGUUAUCCUGCGAGCCAUUCAACAGGGUAUAGACAAGGCCAAUGAGAGAGCCAUCUCCAGGGCUCAGAAAAUACAAAAAUGGUCCCUGCUUCCUCGAGAUUUCUCUAUUCCUGGGGGUGAACUAGGUCCUACAAUGAAAUUAAGGAGACCCAUUGUGCACAAAAUGUAUGCAAAAACAAUUGAUGCAUUUUACGAAGAGUAAUGAAAUUAUACAGUAUUCUGACUUCUGUAUGGGCAUAUGUUAUCAUUCAGGAUGAUGCACUGUUUAACAGCUAAGGGAUUUAGUCAAAACACACAUUAAAAUCAUGUUCAUUCAAAGAAUGAGUGGAUUUAAGACUCCUGAAAAAAGCAUAAACUGAGGUUUCAUAAAAUGUUUAUUUCUUUCCAUAAUAUAAAUCACUGAUAUCUUAACUGUGUGUUCUCGAUACAUACAUGAAUUUGAAAAGUUCUUUACAAGGAAAAACAAAUAAAAACGUAAGAGCCCAGAGGAUUCCUUGAAUAUCAAUAGGUAAACAGGGUCAAACUUUUUUAAUGUCUUAAUACAUAGUUAGUUUGCUUUUCUUAAGAAAACUGUAGUUAUAUAUUGAACAAAAUAAUGUCAUAUUAAAAUGAGAUAAGCUAACAAACUUGUGCGAAAACUUAAUUUUACAAAAAUAUGUUCAAAACAAAAGUGAUUCUUCCAUAUUGAUGCUAGAUAGUUACAUUACAAUAUGUCUGAGUUAACCUUUAUUUGACCUUGAUUGACCUGUUAGAAUAUAAUUCAUCAUGUGCUGUCCAACUGAGAGUGUACUUGUCAAUACAAUUAUUCCAAAACAUGACCUUGAUCUAAUUCAGAUCUGAGAGCAUGUUUGAUGGGUAUGCUGUUUGAAGAAUUUAGCAAAUUAAAUCCCUUGUUAUCAUGGUUAUAAUUUUCUGUGUCCUCACUAAUCUUUUAAUUUAGUAAUUGUUGUAAAAUAACUAAUACCAUAAUGAUAUACUGUACAUAUUAGAAUUUCUAGAGAGAGAGAGAGAGAUGAAGUUGAUCGAUAGCUCUGCUUCUAUAAUAUUGAUUAGGUGACCUAAAAACCACUCGGGGUAGAUUUCAAAUUCAGGAUGGCAACACUAAUAUAUCAUUUCUUUUAAUUUUGAUUCAUGACAUCAAAUCAUUGCUUUUGUACAAAUGUUCUAUGUAAUAUAAUUAUUUAAAUUCAAUUUUGCUAUUGCUUGUAAAAUAUUUUGGAUUCACUUCAUUUACAGGAAUUGCGAACUUACCUCAAAUAUGACUUUAAGUCCACUCAUUAUUUGAAUAGGAUUCAAUUGGUUGUUAAAACUGUGUACACUUCACAAUGUAAAAAAUAUUGUUCCAACAAGUGCCUUAUUGAAGAUGUACAUGUAUAAGCAAUUUGUUAAUUCCUGUGCUUACUUGUGUGAAUAUUGGAGUUAUAAGUUUUCAUUGCAAAUUAAGACGUGUUUUCAGGUUUGGUUUAUCUUAGUCUUAACAGUUCUUUUCCACAUAUUUAUCAGCUUUUAAUCAGUUGUUCAGUUCAGUCAAUUGUUACAAAUCACUUGAGCCUCUUAAGAAUGUGACACAUAUAAAGAAUUUACCUUAAUCAGACUGUAAAGAUUCUAAGGUGAUAAAUUAAAAUUACUCAUCUUGCAUCAAAUGAAAUGCAUUUCAUUAAAUUUUUUUCUGUAAUCUAUAUGUAUGUCCAGGUUUUAAUUUAAAAUUCUACAGUUAAUGUGGUCCAAAUCUUUCUAAUUUUUUUUUUUUAUUUUAAUGGAUUUCUAACUGAAUCUCGCAUACAGCAUUCUGUGAUUUCUUUGUAUAACUGCAUACUCAGUGAUGUAGUUUUGUACCAAAGAGAAAAACCAAAGUUUCUAAUGUAUUUACUUAUACUAAGGAGCCUCUAGCAUAAAAAAUAUUGUUAUAUCAAGAUGUACUGUAAACUAAUUUUAAUUUGUUAUAUUUUUUAUCUUAUUUUUUUUUUUAUAUUUCAAUAUAGUAAAACAAUGUUCCAUCAAACAUGCUUCUUCCAGCAAAAUGAUCUCCUUCCUAGUAAUUUUUAAACAUAUGAACUUAUCAGUUAAAAUAAAUAGAAAUUGUUCUUCCCUUGCACUUUCCAAAAGAAUACAGAAAUGUUUGAUAAAUACAGUAUACAUUUAGCAUGAACACGAGUAAAGCAAAUUCACAUAUAUAGCUAAGUUCUUUUCAAAUUGGGAUCCCCAGCAAAAUUCCUGUAUCAGUUCCUUGAAAAAGUUUAUGGUUACAACAACUCUGCAGAUAUAAAGAAUUUACGGAAAAAGCAAACUGAUUUUGCAUCCCUAGAGGUUAAAAUUAACAUUUACAUCUUUUAUUAUAAUGAAUUUCUAAAGAUCACAAAAUUCAAAAUAUUAAACGGACAUUUUUUGUAAGUAUUCAUUUUUGAGAAUUUAAUUCUUAAAAAAGACUUUCAUAAUCUAAGAUAUUUAAUACUUCCUUGAACAUUUUUGGGAGUCAAACUUUCGGGAAAACAUAUUAUGAAUUCUGCUUUUACAAAUUUGUUAUGUAUAUAACAGCAGAUAUUGGAUAUAUUGAAGUAAAUUCACAGGUCCCCUGGACUUCACUAUAACCAAGUUUUACUGUAAAUAGCGAGAAAAUGAUAUAUACACAGCAAUAACUUGAUAAGCACUAUUGUAAAAUGCAUAUUACAUUACAAGUAGUCUUUUUUGAAUGCAUGUAUUAAUUUUAUAUUAAAUAUUAAAAAAAAAAACAUGAUGAGAAAUAAACCAAAAUACAAAUGGGAAAGAUGAACAGGAAACAAACCAACUCUUCUCAAUUUUAUGUGUGAAUAUUAUAUUCUGUUAUGUAAAAAGGAAUUUACAUUGGAGUUAGUUAGGUUUUGUUGACUUGUAUUUCUUAAAUUGUAGCAGAAUAAAGUAUGACCCAAUAAAAAAUCUAUACCCGGUACUGUUA